AUGUCGACCGUCACAGCACAACGCAUGGGCUACGCGCCCUUCCCGAACCAGUGCUAUGACCCCGACAUGGACUCGCUGGUCGACUUCAACGCCAUUCCCUCGCCUGGGCCCGCCAGCUCGUCGUCGCAAAUGCCGCCCUCGAGUGUCGCGUCCACCAUGGCGAGCCCCGCGACCACCAUCAUGCCGCUGGACCACGAGUCGGAGCACCAGACCCCGGCCAAGCCGAGCCAUGAGUACGACCUCUUCAAGCAGCAGACCGGCCUGCCCUCGGGCUCUGUCCCCGGCAUCAGCAUGUCGCAGUCCGCCGGCAGCAGUUACAGCCAGCCUUUUAGCAACUCCGGCAUUGGCUUCGACGACGGCUGGGGCUCUGGUCUGGGCGACAUGGACAUGGACAUGGGCAACAACAUGCCUGCCUUCUUCUUCCCCCAGGGCGAGAACAGCCAGAACGACGAUUUCGUCGACCCCAGCGCCAUCCAAGAGCAGCCCCAGCAGGUGCGCUUCUUCCCUGGUAUGCACCAGCAGCAAGCUGCCAUGGCCAAGGCGCAGGCGCAGGCCCAGCAGCAGAGGCAGCAGCAGGUGCUCCAGCAGCAGCAACAGCAACAGCAGCAGCAGCAGCAGCAGAGGGAACAGCAGAACCGCGUUCAGCACGCCCAGAGGAAGUCUGCUCAGUUCACCGAUGCCCGCACCGAGGAGACCAUUGCCCGUGUUGUCAACCAGAUUCGCCACAACAGCACUUUGAGCUCCAAUGGCUCCGACUGCGGCUCCAACCCUCUUCCUCACAUCAUCAAGAUGAAGAAGGAUGAGGAGGAUAUGGACGAGGACGAGAGGCUCCUUGCCAGUGAGGAGGGCAAGAAGCUCAGCAGCAAGGAGCGCCGCCAGCUGAGGAACAAGGUUUCCGCCCGCGCUUUCCGUUCCCGUAGGAAGGAGUACAUCGGUCAGCUCGAGGGCGAGGUCGCCAGCAAGAGCAACGAGAAUACGGAGCUUCGCAUGCAGAACCGUGCUCUCAUGGAGGAGAACGCUCGUUCGCGUGCCUUCAUCGAGCGCCUGCUUCGCCACCAGGCUUUUGGCCCCUUCCUGGAUGAGCUCAGCCGUGACCCAGCUCUCAUGGAGCCGGCCAAGCCUGCUUCGGCUCCCCAGCAGCCCGCUCCCCAGAUGAUUAAGCAAAGCUCGCAGAACAACUCUCAAAUGGGCAUGUCCAUGAUCCCCGAGCAGCCGAGCAACAUGGGGUUUGACAACAUGAACUACUCGUUCAACGCUGGUUUCAACUUCGGCCAGCCCCAGGUCUUCGCCGUCCUCGAGGUUCCCGAGGGCCCCGCCAACCCUUUCGACACUGAGAUUCUCUCGGGCAAGGGCAACUCGACCUUUUCUCCCGUCGAGGGGAUCAAGGAGAUCAAGCCUGACUACCCUGUCAUCGAGCGCCCCCAGAUCCAGGGCGAGGAGCCCACCGAGGCUGUCGCCGAGGCCGAGGAGGUCGAUGACGGCAACGCCGACUUCGCUCUGUACUACAACUCGCCCGCGCCUUCGGCUGCCGCACCUUCGGAAUCCAUCUUCGGCAACAUCGCUCCCGAGAAGGCCUUCGGCCGCAUCGAGGUGGUGGUUGCUCAGGAGACUUCGGAGCAGCUGCAGCAGCGCCUCGAGCGCACGGUGGCCAAGUUCGACGCGGUGUACGAGAGGAUGCAGAGCAUGAUGCUGUAG